AAGUCCAGGAAGCUUGUUCUAUGCUCAAGCUUUGCUCGGUAUCCAAUGGCGCCAAAGUCGAGUAUAUAAGGUUGAUGAAUCUGCCCCGAAUACAAGCCUCAUCACCAUCAGCUUCUUCAGCAAUCAUCCAGACUCGCUUCCCCUUCCCUUAAUUACACCUUCUCUUGCGCAGGUCGCUUGUUUAAUUGUCUGAUCAAAGCUCGUCUCUCAUCGAUCCUUUCAAGAAUCUUCAUAUUGCAUAUUAAUAUCCACUCCGGAUCCUAUUCUUCACAUCACACAUCAAGCAACAUGCGUUACUCAUUGGCUUUGAUUGCGGCUAUUGCUGCCCACGCUUCCGCUCACGGUGUCAUCACUGAGGUCCAGGGCGCGAACGGUGUCAACAUGCCUGGUCUCUCCGUCGCCGACGGCACUCCCCGAGACUGCGCCUCUCCCCGCUGCGGCUCUGAGGCCGACACCUCCAUCAUCCGAACCAAGGAGAUGGGCACCCAGAAGGCAUCUGCUCUUGGCCGCACCAACGGUGGCGGCCCAGUCGAUGCUGCUUCUGCCAUCGCCACCUUCAUGGGUACCGGCGCCACCGGAGGCGCUGCCACCACAGCUAACAAGCGUGGUCUUCUCGAUGCCCUCACUGGCGGUGGUGCAAAGGCUGGUGGUGCUGGUGGCGCUGCUUCUGCCCAGGGCACCAAGACCCCCGCUGGUACCGCCGAGAGUGGUGUCUCCAAGGCUGCUGGCCAGGGUGCGACAUCUGGUCUUCCAACGACUGCUGAUGACGGCACUAUCACCAUGACCUUCCACCAGGUCAACCAGGACGGCGCUGGCCCCUUGACCGCUCAGAUUGAUGCUACUAGCGCGGGUACCGACCCUGCUGCGUUCCAGGACGCAAAGGUCAUGCAGGAUGUUCCCGGAAUCGGCAUUGGUGGUCUUUCUGGUGCUUCAGUUAUGGACUUCCCAGUCAAGGUCGCUAUGCCCCAAGGCAUGACCUGCUCCGGCACCGCCGGUGGCGCGUCCAACGUGUGCAUUGUCCGCAUGCAGAACGCUGCCCUCGCCGGUCCCUUCGGCGGCUCAGCCGCUUUCACCCAGAGCGCGGCUGCCAAGAAGCGCGCUAUUGAGUACAACCUCCGAAAGAGGCACAUGGCCCGUGGUAUCCUUGGCAAGCCUGAGGCCGAGUAAACGUCUCAUGUGGAGCAUACGGGUGUUUGCUGGGCAAUAUCCCGAGGAUCGGCACAGAAGCGAUCCAGACGAGCUUUGA